CCGCCACAGCUCCGGGGCGCCGCCGGCUGCUUCCUCCCUGCGGGCUCGCCAGUCCCGCUGGGCUCGAGCGCUGUACUCUCCAUCUUGCCCACCGGCGAAGGCGUCUCUUUGUCCCCCAACGCCGAGCGAGCACCCCCCUGCCGCCUCGCCUGAAUCCGGCCACCCACCCGUCUGAGACUCGGCCUGUCCCUUUUCCCCUGGCUGCCUGCCUGCCUCUCCAUGGCUCCAGUUACUCGGAAGUCUGUGUUUAAAGGGGGUCAGCUACCCCAGAUGGGAAGCAGAGGCACGACAGUGUAAUGUGCUGACCUGGGCCCAGAGCCGGUGUUCGAUUUCUAAAAGAAAAGGAACUUCUGAGGUAUUGAGCAAACGGGAGUUACUCCGGAAAAUGAAGCUCUCUGGCUCAACAUAGGGUACCCUCAACAAUACUCGCAACAACGAUACUCUUAUGUGGGUUGAGCAAAUACAAAAAAUCAGACCCCGGGGCAACCGAUAGAGCCUUGCCACCGACAAAUGCGACCCACCCAUCUUAUUUCUUUACUCUGUGCCCUCUCCUAUUUGUCUCUUCAGCUGUAAAAAAAUGCCCCUUCUAAUUUAGCGAUUCGAAAACCAUCGGGACAUUUUCCAGUCGGGCGGUUCUUUUACCGCAGCAAGAGCAACAGCGAAGAUUUCCCCAGAGAAUAACAAUGGCGAAGACUUCCACUAGCAAGAGGUCCAGAUUUCAACGGGUGGGUAUAGGUGCCCCCCACCCAACGCUUCCCGCCUGGCACCGUUAGGGACUCCGCCCCUGCUCUCCAAAUCCUGCCGGAAUGCAAGCCUCAAAUCCGCCUAGUAGCUAAAAUGCGUCUAGAAUUCCUCUGAUGAAGAGAACGGGGGAGAAAAAGACAAGGAGGGAGGUCUGUCGUCCUCCCUUCCCGCCUCCUUCCCUCUCCCCUCCUGCUUCCACGUCUUUGGCAUGGAUUUUCUUGCAGCAGUUCCAUGCUAGAGGUCUCCACCGAGCUGCACAAGUCGGAACUGGCUGCAUAGGAAGCUUGCUCUUUCUUUUGUGCAUCACCCAGUGAACUCGCUGCAAGUAACAGCCCUGCAGCAUUCAGGUCCGGAUUUCCAUCCGUAACAAAGACGCAGCACCUGUCCUCUCUUUUCAGAAAGCGCGGAGGACAAGAAAGGGGGAGGAUAUUCGUGCGCCACGUCCCUGGCCUUCCUGCUCCCUCCCUUUCUCCUUGGCGGAAAGCAGAUGAAAAGAGAAGGAAGGUGAUGCAGACAGUGGGGAAAAAUCUUUGAGCAUGGGGGUACCGACGCAGCAGCACUGAUUACAGUAGAACAUCUGCAAAGCCAUUGUUUCGGCCUCAGGACUCCCGGGAUCGGCCUCAGUGGGUCAUCCUCGCCGAUUCCCGCCUUAAAGUCUGGCGACUGGUCGCUUCCUGCCCUCACCAGCGUCGGUCUCCUGGAAAACAUCCCCUUUGGUCUCCUCCCGCCUCCGUUUUCUUCCCACCCCUUGAUGCUCUCUCACUCUGCAGUACAGUAUUAUCUUUGAGAGGUCGGCCUUUCUUUGCUCACAGCUCAGUUUUGGAUGUUUGCGGGGUAGAGCUCAUGCUAAGCGCAGACAGGAUGGAGGAGUUUCAGAGUGAGGAGGAGGAACCCUGGUACGACCAGCAGGACUUGGAGCAAGACUUGCACUUAGCAGCUGAAUUAGGGAAGACGCUGUUGGAGCGCAACAAAGAGCUGGAAGAUUCUCUGCAGCAAAUGUACACCACCAAUGAGGAACAAGUACAAGAGAUAGAGUAUUUGACAAAACAGCUGGAAAUGUUGCGGCAUAUGAACGAACAGCAUGCUAAAGUUUAUGAACAGCUGGAUUUAACAGCACGGGAUCUAGAACUGGCCAACCAGAAGCUUGUGCUAGAGAGCAAGGCAUCCCAGCAGAAGAUACAAUGCCUGACAGAAACUAUUGAGGGAUUGCAAAAUCAAGUUGACGAGCUACAGAAACAAGUGGAAGAACUGCAGAGCUUGGACCAGCUGCGUGUCCGCCGAGAAAAAAGAGAAAGGCGUCGAACCAUCCACACAUUUCCUUGUCUCAAGGAACUGUGCGCAAGUCCCAGAUAUGAGGAUGCAUUCCAGAUCCACAGCUCUUCAGUGGAGUUCAGCCAGAUGCCUUUGGAACGAGAGAAUGAACGACUGCAAGCGAUGGUAAAUUCUCUCCGGUCCCAAGUUAAUCAGGAGAAGCAACGAAAGGAGAGGGUAGAGAGAGAGUACACAUCAGUCAUCCAGGAGUACUCUGAUCUUGAGCAGCGAGUGUGUGAGAUGGAAAGCUGCAAACUGCGCAUUAAAGAAUUGGAAACUGAAUUAUUGGAACUCCAGCAGAUGAAGCAAGUCAAGAAGUAUCUCCUCAGUAGAGAGGACAACCUGUCAGAAGCACUUCUGGAGCCAUUAAACAAUGCCCCUGAAGCUGACUACAUUGACCUUUCUGAGGAAGAUGGAGGGAAAAACCAUGAAACCUCCAUGGCAGCUUCUCCAAACCAUCCUGUCCGGAAAAGCUGUAGCGACACAGCCCUCAAUGCCAUUGUAACCAAGGAUGCUGUGAGCCGCCAUGAAGGCAACUAUACACUCCAUGCCAACAAUGUACGUAAGAGGGGAAUGUCAAUCCUGAGGGAGGUGGAUGAGCAAUACCACGCCCUGCUGGAAAAGUAUGAGGAGCUUCUCAGCAAGUGCCGUCAACAUAAGGACAGUGUACGCCAUGCUGGUGUCCAAACCUCUCGCCCCAUCUCCCGUGACAGCUCCUUUAGAGACUUCCGAGGGGAAGGUUAUGAGCUGGAAGAGCUCAAAACAAUGGAGAAGAGCCUUAGCAAACAUGUGGAAGCUGUAGACAAGAGGCUAGAGCAGAGUCAGCCAGAAUAUAAAGCUCUGUUUAAGGAGAUCUUCUCUCGAAUCCAGAAGACAAAAGCAGACAUCAAUGCCACCAAGGUGAAAAAGAAGACCAGCAAGUGAAUCUUCCCUCUUUGCCUGCACCUUCAGCCUCAUACUCUUCUUUUUAGCCCCAGGAAAAAUUGCUUGGCCUCCUGCCUUUGUGCUCUGGAAGCUUCUUACAUUGAUAGCUUGCACAGAAAGGGAGCCUGUUGGAGUGCUUCAAAAGCAGCAAGAACCCAAGUCACAUUCUUUAAGUUGGUACUCCAAGCUGUCUGGUCCUCUGAAUCUGCUGCAAAAGCUAUAUGUUGUACUUGGCAUCUAAGAUUUUAUGAAGAUUUUUUCACAUCAUGCAGCAACCAGAAUGCCUAAACAGGAAAUCAGGCCAACUAACCACAGCUUCACCUGUUGCCACAGCCACCGUUCACUUUUCUGCAUGGAACAUAGGAUCAGGCUUAGAUUCCUUACUAUGACCUGGAGUGUCUAAAAUAUAAUUUAAAAAAAAUUAGUUUCCAAAAGCAACUCCUGAACAUGCAACCUUUCUCCUUUACUGUAUUUCCAUUUUAUUUCUUUCCAUGAAGAACUCAUAUAGCACAUCAGUGAGACUUUUAAAUGGACAGCUCCUUUCUCUGAAGGGGAAUAUGUUCUUCCUGUUUAAGCCAUUAUUUUAUUGGUCAAAUUUUUCAAUAUUUACAAUGCAAGUUCAUUGCAACUGGAAAAACUUGAAGAGAAAUGUCAGAUUGAUUACUGUAAUGUCUUCAUCAGGCAUACUUAAUUGUUCUGAUCAUCCAACAUGUAGAACAAAGAAAGCAUAGGAUGUAUAUUUCCUCCAGUAUUUAUUUCAGUAAGUUGUCAUCACUCAUUCUGGGAUUUUCCAGAAGCCAAACAAAUAAGUGCUAUUACUGACUUGGAGAGAGAGCUCCAUCUUUAGUUAGGUGUUGGUUUUCCAAGCCUUGUUGCUCAAAUGGUUACCCUUAUUGUCUUCUCUGGCCUGCUCCUAAGAUAUAAUUUGCAUGCCUUGCAAAACCUGAACAGGAGUGACUCACGCAUCACAUAUUUAUACACAAAGCUUUCUCUCUCCAGUCUCAGGAAUCAUCACUAUCCAUUUCAUUGAAAUUAAAUAUUGGGCUAUUUUAGAUACAUCAUAAUAAACAAUAGGAACCCCUGCACAUAUGUUGCUUACCAGUAUUAUAUUUCAUUAAUGUUUAGGGCACACAUACAUAAGAUUAUUGACUUAGCAAGCAGUAUUAUACUUGAAGAAAUGUUGGAUCCUUUUGGAUAUAUCUGAAUAAAAUCCAAAGUCUUUGUUGUUUCUUUGGAAUUACAAUAACAUAAAAUGAGAUUUCAAUCUAUUAUGUUCAGCAUAUUACCUUCUUGUUCUUUCAUCUUUAAAUGCUGUUGUGGGAUUUUUCUUAUCAUGAUCCUCAGACCAUAUUCUUUACAGUGAUCAACAUUACCAAGUUUCAUCAAGGAGUUGGAGGCUCACAGAUCUUUCUAAUCAUUAUAUCUGCCUCUUGUUAUGCUUCUGCAUUUCAUCAUGUCUAGUUUUUAUAUCCAAUUUCAUGAUCACAAUAAAUAGAAGUUAAAGAAGGUGAUUGUGUGGGAAGUCAACUGUGAAGUCAAAGAGAGUGAGCAUCUUCAUUCCUGUGUCACCAGAUUGUCAUUUCAUUACGCAUUUGCAAUAUUCUUGCCGUGGAAAACUUUCUGAGUCCUUGUGCUUAGCCAAGUGAGGUCACUUUUGAAAUAUGUGGAAGUACUUUUGAGUUAGCCUGUCCAGGGGCUGUUCUUUUGAAUUGGUUCUUCCUUUACUAAAUGCCCAAACCUCUUCUGUACCCUGGAUGUGGUCCAAACAUGAGCCAUACCCAUGACUGUGGCUACCACUCUGGUAACCAUAUAGCAAACCUUCAUGCCUUAUGGUAAAAAAUCAGUAAUCUGUAAAAAUAACAAAGGAGGUUGGUUCUCUCAAAACAUUUAUGUUGAUCUGUCUGUUGCCAUCAUAGCUGUGGCAUUUUGUUUAAUUUUACUACCUUUUUACUAAGGGACUUCUGAAUUGAUAUUUGUUCUAAAAAGUAAUCUCUUCGUCGCAUCAGUAUUUUGGGUGGGAAGGGGCCAUUGCAAUCUUGGUUUUGAAAACUGUUAAUGUGCAAACCAGCGUCUGUUUGUGUAGCAUACUUAAAAUUAAUAUAUUUGAAAAUGCUUUAUUCUCUUCUUAAAUAAAAAAGAUA